AAAGAAAAUAUUCAGUGGUUGGAAUAACUUGAGAAAAAAAUUUCAACUUUAUAAAACUGAAAAUUUUUCGUGACAAAAUUUGUUUUGAUGGUUAACUCUCAGCUUUCAGUAGUCAUAAAGUUGCUCCUUUAAUUAUAUCAAGUAAUAUAUAAAAUUAAUGACAUUAGUUAGAAUCAAUCGGGUUUUUUGAGAAUCAAAUAUAAAUACUUGAUUCAAGAUUCAAGUGACUAAACAGCAAAAUGGAUUCAGAUGCCUUUUUGGAUUUAACAGAAAUCCAAAAGUUUUUCUUUGGACGCUCCAUUUUCAUAACUGGUGGUACUGGUUUAGUAGGAAAAGUUCUCGUUGAAAAACUUCUACGAUGCUGCCCGGGAAUCACCAUGUUGUACCUUCUUGUAAGACCAAAGAGAAAUCUCUCACCCGAAGCUCGAGGAGAGAAACUUUUUAAAACGGAGCUUUUUAAAAAGUUGAAAGAAGUUUUUCCGAAUUUUCCAAAGAAAGUUACAUACAUUGAAGGUGAUCUCCAGAAGGAACGAUUGGGAAUAUCAGAUGCUGACUUCAAAUUACUCCAAGACAACGUCUCUAUAGUGUUUCAUUCAGCGGCAAGAGUGCAAUUUAACGACCCUUUACGACUAGCUGUGCAACACAAUGUAAUUGCUACUAAAGCAUUUGUGGAUAUGUGUCACGAGCUUCCUCAUGUCAUAUCAGUGGUUCAUGUAUCUACAUCAUAUGUUCGACGAGAAGAUGAUGGUUAUGUGCUGGAGCGUGUUCCUAAAAUGAAAGUUACGCCAAAACAAAUUUUAGAUGCCUUAGAGUGGAUGGAUCCAGGCAGUGAACAAGCUGUGUGUGACUACUUGCUGGAGGGUAAAUUAACAACAUAUUUAGUAACUAAAGCACUCGGUGAGAUUGUUGUCGAAGAAAACCGAGGAGAUUUGCCUACUGCCAUUGUUAGGCCUUGCAACAUCAGUCCCACUUGGAAAGACCCAUUUCCGGGUUGGGUUGAUUCAGUCCAAGGAGUUUCCGGAUUAAUGUUAGCUGGUGCAAAAGGCGUCUUACGAACUCUUAGGUCUGUGAGAGGAUUAAAAAUAAACCUUAUACCAGUUGAUAUAGUCGUCAACAGCAUGAUUGCAAGUGCUUGGCAUGUAGGCACAAAAAAGCCUGAUAAUGUUUUUGUAGUGAAUUGCGUGAUUGACUAUGAUAAGCUUCCUGAAGGUGAUACAGCUAUUUUGCAAGUUGUGUUGAAGAAAAGAGACGAAUAUCCUUUGGCAAAUGUGUUUCGAUACCCGGAUUUUACUAUACACUAUAAUCCUAUUGCCUAUCACUUCCAUGCUCUUUGGGAUCAAUGGAUACCAGCAAUUAUUGUCGAUUCUCUUCUCUUCAUAUUUACUGGAAAGACAGUUUUGAUAAAAGUAUAUAAGAAGAUCAACUUCCUAUAUGGAAUUUUUCACAGACUAGGAAGAACACCUUGGAUUUGCAAACUUGAAAACUUCACUGCCCUUCGAAAGAGUCUGCAGGAUAAGGAUCAAGAGAUAUUUUUCUUAAAUGCCGAUGAUAUUGACUGGAUUCAGUAUAUGGAUGACUGUUUGUAUGGUGGUCGUAAAUUUUUAGCUCAUGAACCUGAUUCAAACAUUCCUUAUGCAAGAAAAAAGGCAAAAGUAUGGUGGUUCGUAACAACAGUGAUGAAAUGGUGUCUUCUUUUCUACAUUUUCUACUAUUUCUUUUAUGAAUAUGUUUCUAAUAUAUUUUUUAAAGACGACAGCCAGCUUUCUAUAAAUUCUUGAACGAGUAUUUUUAAUUGAACUUAGUUUGAUUAAUAAUUCCAACAUUAAGUGUUUUAACACUUAAGAAUAUAAAGUUGUUGGUUACAUUAUGCUUAUGUGCACAUUUUUAUAAUUCACUAUACAUAUUUAUAAAAAGUUGCUUAUAUAAAUAGCGCAAUAUUUUCAUUGUUAAUUUUGCUAUGACCACUAAGUUCUAUGAUGUUUGCAAAAGUUUAAUUCAAUUAUAUUUACCAAUAAAAUAUUUAAAUCUA